CAGCGGUUCAAUUCAGGACAGAGCAGAUUGGCUGGCGCUUAGGACCUACAGCUUUUGGCUCUGCUCCAAAGCGCCCAGCUCCAUACUGAUUCGGCUUCCAAAUCUCUUUGGUCGUCCUACUUGAAGGAAUCAGUGAAGCAGCCGUGCCCCUCCUUCGCAGACUUCUUCAAGGCGCCAGCAUUUGAGUUGAUCAGGGCCACCGGUUACUGUGUAGGAUGGGACCAGCAUGAACUCCAAUGUAGGACAGAGCUCUGGGUUGGCUCGGCAUGAACCAGAGCUGAAAAGCUUGUCUCAAGCAAGCAGCAGUGGGUGUGGACCGGGGUUGAAUCUGCGGUACCGCUUGAUUUGUGGAGUCAACAGAGCGCAGGUUCAAGACUGGCUGGUCGAGCUUCAGAGAGAACAAGCUCAGGAGCCACAUUGCCUCCCUCCAGCAGAAAACGAUGUGAGGGAGUAUGCAGGGUAGCGACAGUCGGCGACCCUUCAAUUUUGCAACAUUCUGAGCUGGGGAAUCAGGAGAGAAACCUCCAAAACAGCCGAGUACAACCUGACAGCUCGAAGCACCUGAAGCAAUGAUAAGACUUCAAGCAAGAUGCAGUAGGCUGCCCUUGGGUCCCAUGUAGGCAGCGGCAGCGGCAGCGGCCGGCGUAACAGGUCCACUGAGAGCGAAGUUGGCUCAGAUACCAUAUGAACACUCACACAGGGCGCUCGUUGAACAAUGCCAGACUUCACUGGUGCGCUAGCCACAGUCCUGAUCUUGAGCUUCAUAAUCCAGGCAUUCCGGGUUUGGGCCAACGAAGGGCACAGGAGAGUUCUCAUCUUGGACCUGAAGAACAGUCCGGAGCUGGAGGAAGAAACGGUCCGGAUGCGGAGCGAGAUGGAUGCGGCGAGGCGCGAGACAAGGCGUCUGAGAUCGGAGUAGCGGCCAUGAAUUGAAGUAUUGCAUAGCGUAUAGCAUCUGAUUGUGCGCCGGAGGGGCCAGCAGGAUAUCCUUUGCUUACCAUCAGUGUAGAGUAUGUAUAAAGAGCAAAUGGAUAAUCCGGUAGCAACCAAUUUGAUGUCAAAUGUAUUGUAAGCGCCAGCGAUGUUUCAAAGGGGUCUUUCAUGGCAUUGGCCUUUUGCCCCUGACAAGUCUAUCUAGCCAAGUGAAGCGGGCGGAGUACCCGGUAGUGGUAAAGAUGAUAUAAUUGAGCGUAAGAUCUAGUAACCUGUAGUCACGUGCAUCUGCACGCAUCCGUUGGUGGAAAGUACAGAAGUGAUAGAGCCAGGCAGAGCUUGACUUUAUAGCGAAGCUUUCUUAGGCUUGUUUGUAUCCAUUGGGGGGUCGCUUGAUCCAGCUCGACCCAGACAAGGCAAUCAAAUAAUAACAGUCAACAGAUACAUGGAAAAGUUGCGCUUUUCAGACGAUAAUGCCGGCCAGUAUUAUGCAACUGUUAUAUUGAGCUUUCAGACCAAGGAAUAGAACUGCGGCCAUUUGUACGGUAUACUUGCAUAGAUGGUCAUCGAUUGUAC